GGCCCUCAUUUGCUGGAUCACUUUUACAGCAGGAGAGGGAGGGGGGAGUCUCUCCGUUCUUUUCAGAAGAUUGCUUUUUGACUCGAUCUCUCGACUGGAUUGUUCUCCGUCCUCCGGGUUUCCGCCGCAGGACCAGCAGAACCGGCGCCUCUUCCAGUCAAAUCACAGCAGAACCGGUUCUAACCACCGGAGCGCCCCGCCAGUCUUUUCCGCCGCAGUUGUCAAGUCGGAGCUGUGUUUGGGGAAAAAUGGGCAAGCCCCGGUGAACACGCCGUCCUGACGCGCCGACGCGGGACUCGAACCACCAGGAGGGUGAAGCCAGUGGAACAUGGUAGUCUUCCUAUUUCUAUUCUAAGCAACAAGAGCAAUCACAUCCAGGUCAGGGUUCAACCCUGAAUCAGUUUCCCCCACCCUCCAUCUGUAAAACUGCUCCAGCCAGAGUUUCCUGAACUGACCGCACCUUCAGGAUUUCUACAUUUGAGAGCAACAGCACUGCUUAGAAGAUCAUCAUGGCCAAUAACAUUGUGGAUCACCCUCCUGGAAAUUCCGUUGCUGAAGGCAACCAUGAUGGAGAUUUUGGGGUGUCCAUGGAAGACCUGAAGAAUAUCAUGGAGCUGCGCAGCUCUGAGGCUGUCGCCAUGAUCCAGGAGAAAUUCGGAGAUGUGCAGAGUAUAUGCCGCCGCCUGAAGACGUCACCUAUAGAAGGUCUGUCUGGCAACCCUGUUGAUUUAGAGAAGCGCCAUGCUACGUUUGGCAAGAACCUCAUCCCCCCGAAGAAGGCCAAGACCUUCCUGCAGCUGGUGUGGGAGGCUCUGCAGGACGUCACACUCAUCAUUUUGGAAGUGGCUGCAAUCAUCUCACUUGGCUUGUCCUUCUACCACCCACCAGGGGGCGACGGUGAAUCAUGCGGCCAAGCGGCAGGCGGCGUGGAAGACGAGGGGGAAGCCCAGGCCGGCUGGAUCGAGGGUGCGGCCAUCCUGUUCUCCGUCAUCAUUGUGGUCCUGGUAACGGCCUUCAACGAUUGGUCCAAAGAGAAGCAGUUCCGCGGGCUGCAGAGUCGCAUCGAGCAGGAGCAGAAGUUCACGGUCAUUCGCAAAGGCCAAGUCAUCCAGAUUCCAGUCGCAGAGAUUGUGGUCGGAGACAUCGCUCAGAUCAAAUAUGGAGAUCUGCUGCCAGCUGACGGGAUUCUGAUCCAAGGAAACGACCUGAAGAUUGAUGAGAGCUCUCUCACAGGAGAGUCUGACCAUGUCCGAAAAUCUCUGGAGAAGGACCCCAUGUUGUUGUCCGGGACUCAUGUGAUGGAGGGCUCUGGCCGGAUGGUUGUGUCAGCCGUUGGCCUCAACUCUCAAACCGGCAUCAUCUUUACUCUACUGGGCGCCAGCGAGCAUGACGAAGAGAAGAAGGUCAAGAAAAGUAAGAAACAAGGACCCCCCGAAAAUCGCAACAAAGCCAAAACUCAGGACGGUAUCGCUCUGGAGAUCCAGCCUCUGAAGAGCGAGGAAGCUGCAGAGUUGGAAGACAAGGAGGAGAAGGAGGAGGUCAAAGAGAUUAAGAAGGUCAACGUGACGAAGAAGGAGAAGUCUGUGCUGCAGGGGAAACUGACCAGACUGACUGUGCAGAUCGGCAAAGCUGGACUAUUCAUGUCCGCUAUGACGGUCAUCAUCCUCAUCCUCUACUUUGUGAUCAACACCUUUUUGGUCCAGAACCUGAGCUGGGUUGCAGAGUGUACGCCCAUAUACAUCCAGUAUUUUGUAAAGUUCUUCAUCAUUGGGGUGACAGUGCUGGUGGUUGCCGUCCCUGAAGGCCUUCCUCUUGCAGUUACCAUCUCUUUGGCUUAUUCAGUCAAGAAAAUGAUGAAAGACAAUAACCUGGUACGUCACCUGGAUGCCUGCGAGACCAUGGGCAACGCCACGGCCAUCUGUUCCGAUAAGACCGGCACUCUCACCAUGAACCGCAUGACUGUUGUUCAGGCCUACAUUGGGGAUACACACUACAAAACUGUCCCAGAACCUGAAGCUAUCAAACCAGAAACACUAGAGAUGUUGGUCAACAGCAUUUCCAUCAACUCAGCAUAUACCACCAAGAUUCUGCCUCCAGAGAAAGAGGGCGGUCUUCCUCGCCACGUGGGCAACAAGACUGAGUGUGCUCUGUUGGGUCUGGUGCUGGGGCUGAAAAGAGACUAUCAGCCUAUUAGAGACGAGAUCCCUGAAGAGAUACUUUACAAAGUUUACACCUUUAACUCCUCCCGCAAGUCUAUGAGCACGGUCUUGAAGAAUGCGGAUGGAAGUUUCCGUAUGUACAGUAAAGGAGCGUCUGAGAUUGUCCUAAGGAAGUGUUCUCAUAUCUUGGAUGCUCAGGGUCAGCCUCGUGUCUUCAAGAUGAAGGACCGAGACGAGAUGGUGCGGAAGGUGAUCGAGCCCAUGGCGUGUGAUGGACUGAGGACCAUCUGUGUGGCCUACAGGGACUUUCCCGCUGAGGCUGGGGAGCCAAACUGGGACAAUGAGAAUGACAUCCUGGAUAAUCUGACCUGCAUUGUCGUGGUUGGCAUCGAGGACCCGGUCAGACCUGAGGUGCCAGAAGCCAUUGCAAAGUGCCAGCGUGCAGGAAUUGAUGUACGAAUGGUGACUGGAGACAACAUUAACACGGCUCGGGCCAUCGCUACCAAGUGUGGCAUCCUGCAGCCCGGGGAGGAAUUCCUGUGUAUUGAGGGCAAGGAGUUCAAUCAGCAGAUCAGGAACGACAAAGGAGAGGUGGAACAGGAGCGUCUUGACAAAAUUUGGCCCAAGCUGCGCGUUCUGGCUCGUUCAUCACCGACCGACAAGCACACUCUGGUGAAAGGCAUCAUUGACAGCACGGUGGGAGAAACACGACAGGUGGUGGCAGUGACAGGGGACGGUACCAACGAUGGCCCCGCCCUCAAGAAAGCUGAUGUUGGCUUUGCCAUGGGAAUUGCUGGCACGGAUGUUGCAAAAGAGGCGUCAGACAUCAUCCUGACAGAUGACAACUUUACCAGUAUUGUGAAGGCCGUGAUGUGGGGGAGGAACGUCUACGACAGCAUCUCAAAGUUCCUGCAGUUCCAGCUGACGGUCAAUGUGGUGGCUGUGAUCGUGGCGUUCACAGGUGCAUGCAUCACACAGGACUCUCCACUGAAGGCCGUCCAAAUGCUGUGGGUCAAUCUCAUCAUGGACACUUUGGCAUCUCUGGCUCUGGCCACAGAGCCUCCUACAGAGUCCCUGCUACUGCGUAGACCCUAUGGCAGAGACAAGCCUCUGAUCUCCAGGACCAUGAUGAAAAACAUCUUAGGUCAUGCCGUCUUUCAGCUCAUCAUCAUCUUCACCCUCCUCUUCGCUGGUGAGGUUCUGUUUGACAUCGACAGCGGUCGUAACGCUCCUCUCCACUCACCGCCGUCUGAACACUACACCAUCGUGUUCAACGUGUUCGUCAUGAUGCAGCUGUUCAAUGAGAUCAAUGCCAGAAAGAUCCAUGGAGAAAGAAAUGUCUUUGAAGGCAUCUACAGGAACCCCAUCUUCUGCAGCGUUGUCCUGGGGACCUUUGCUCUACAGAUAAUCAUUGUGCAGUUUGGAGGAAAGCCCUUCUCCUGUACGGCUCUAACUAUCGACCAGUGGCUGUGGUGCAUCUUCAUCGGCAUAGGGGAGCUGCUGUGGGGACAGUUCAUAUCGGCCAUCCCCACACACCACCUGAAGUUCCUGAAGGAGGCAGGCCACGGCAUCACAAAGGAGGAGAUUCACAAGGAGAACAUGACGGAGGACACGGAUGAGAUCGAUCAUGCAGAAAUGGAGCUGAGGAGAGGCCAGAUCCUCUGGUUCAGAGGUCUGAACCGCAUCCAGACUCAGAUUAAGGUGGUGAACGCGUUCCGGAGCCCCCUGGAGAGUCCCCUCAUCCGCAGCUCCAUCCAUGACUUUAUGGUUCUUUCUGAGUUUGUGCAUCAGCCUGAAAAGGAGAACUCCAUUGAGGAGACAGAAGAGAUCGAUUUCCUCCAUGACUCCCCGCCUGGGGCCGUGGGGGGAGGGGAUCCAUCCUCCAACUCUGCCCCCUUACCUGCAGCAGAUCUUCAGUCCUCGCCCCUCCAACUAGACGUACUCACCUCCAAGUGACGUCACAACUCCUCUCCAUCCUGCUCCCCGCCAUAACCCCCCAUCCCUGAUGUUCCCCCACCUCCUGCUGUUCAUACUGACUAACCCCCCCCACACCUGAGACUCAUGCGUCGCCCCCCUACCAACACUAGCCAACUCCUGUCUGUCACGUUACGUGACCUGCAGCAGCACCUUUUGUGUUCACUUCCUGUCGUCAGAAACGGCUCCAAACCCUUUCAGAGCAGCUGUUCCCGUGUAAAUACGCUUCUGCGCCUUCAUCCCGCUCUGAACCGGUUUAGUUCCAGCCGACUGUAAGCUCCUCUUUUGUAGAUGCUGAACUUUCUAGCCUCCAUGAAUGUUCAUUGGUGGUUGACUUCUCAGAAUGUGGUUGUUCAUCACACUACAGCUUUCCAAGGUCCAACUGGUAAAAAAUCUUCUUCCCUUAAAGUCUUUAGAGCUUUUCUUUUUUUCUGUUGCUGUGUUGCAAGUAGAAAGGAUUGAAAGUUUACUGUCCAAAUGACCAAACAUGGUGGCUCAGGGGGGGUCUGGCCUUUCCUGCCACUAAGCCUCAGCGCCCCCCCCCCCCCCCUCACAGGAGACAGGACUGUGGCUGAGGUCCCCCUCCCCUGCCUGGAAGGGAUGCAUGUCUUCUUUGGUUUGUGUUGAGUGGCAUGAUGUUCCUGCAACUGUCCUUGUUAGUGUGCAGCAGGGUCCACUCAGCUGUGACAACUUCCUGUCUGGAGAAUGGAACUUCCUGUCCCCAAGAGGACCAAAUCCAGCCUGGCUGUCCCCCCCCCCCUCAUGGUAGGUCUGGGAUCUUGCUGUCUUGCUUGAUGUGGACGCACAUUCCCUGGAACUGAACCUAGUCAGGCUGGAGAAGACCUCCUCUACAUGUCCUCGUCCUCCCACUGCGGGGACUGGAGUGGGUUCCUCUUCCCCCAAAACCUACGUUGACAUUCGGUGUAAACGACAGAGCUGACAGCAGCAGGAAGUCCAGUUCAGCAGACAGGAAGUGAGUGCAGCUUGGAUCAGGGACUGGACCGUCUGCCUGUGUCUGAGUAAAAAACUUAGUAAGCAGGGCUGAUGGUUUAGUUUGUCAGACGUCUGAGGCGUCUGGGGCAGUCCGAGCUCCCCGGUCAUAAAUGAAGGAAUCUUCGGAGGCGGGGGCGGUGGCUGGUCUGACGAGCGGCCAUCAACCUUUCUGUGAACUCCUCUCUGAAGUCACCUGCUACUACUGCCAUAUUUCCAGCUUCCUCAUCACCAGGUUACUUUCUCCUCUGAUGAGCCUUUUCUAUGUACUCAGAGCCAUAUUUUCUAGAGUGUUGUUUUCUGUCAUUGUUGGUGAGGUUCACCCACCCCACCCCCACACCCACCCACCGCAACCCUUUACUUCAAAACGCGACCAAAAAGCGAGGAGAAAGUCUUCACUGCCGACACGGGUUCAAGGGACCUCUCAAUGUUUACACGAAGAGCAAGUCAGCGGCAGUCCUCCGGAUCCGACAGCUUCCCUCCGUCAUCCCUUUCUUUCCUGUGUAACCGGGAUUCUCUCCUGCAUGGUUUGCAUAUAAACUCAAUGUUUUACUCAUUUUUUACAAUUCUUCUGUAUUUUUAUAUUAAGUACUUUUUAAUAUUUUAGAGAUGUAUGCGUAUGUUUGUACCGGCUGAAGGCCACGGUUUCUGCAGCUCCCGCUCCUCAUGCCACGUCCGUCGUCGUCUCGAUCGCAGAAACAGCGUUUCCUUUCCCUCCCACCCAGAUCUCUGGCGUACUGUCUCUUUAGGCCCCGCCUCCACAAAACUCCCCAUCAAAGAGGACCGUUUUCGUGUUGGUGGCUGUCUGAAGUGACAACUGUGUUCUGCUGCCCGGCCUGGCCUCCUCUCAGUACAGUACUUCAGAGUCGAAAUUUAAGAUUUUCCAAACUCCAACUGGGCUCAGGUCAGUCCUGAAGGCCAAAGUUGUAGUCCCCGACAGACCCUGACCUGUCAGGGACGGGGGUCCGGGACUCAGCAUUAAGGUCCACGUUUCCAUCUGACUCCGUGUUUGUUCCUGAAGUCCGGACAAAACCUCAUCACUGCCCACAACGGGGGGGACAGAGCUGUCACCACACAGCCACCAGCAGCACACCCGGGCCCAGGCCGGUUCUGGCCUCACACUGGACGCUUUAGCUGCUGUGUGUCGGAAACGGGAGGGGGCGCCAUCACCCCGCCGCUGUGACAUGAGCUGCCCCCUCCCCGGUCAAGGCUGGCCCUCCCUCUCUGGAAGGCCUGUGGAGCCGCUUGGCCGCGGCGUGAAGGAGGAGCUCGCCUCCCGUCCACGUCAGCAGCUUCCUGUCUGCCAUCGUGACGGAAUUCUGAUCCACAGAUGAGAAAAAAGAUUCGCAGGAAGUGGAAUAUGGAACGUGGAAGUCAUCGGCAUGUAAACGUGAAGCGCGGACACAGAAGUCAGAUCGAAGGACAUUUCCAGUUCCGGUCAAAUUCUUUGCAAAAAAGACAGAAAGUUUCUGUAUUUAUUCCGAAACACAGUUAUAGGCGUUGGUGUUCUUUUUGUAUUAACAUAUCUCUGUGGCAUGCAUGACAUAUAUACAGAAUUUGGUGGUUUAAAGCAAUAUGUCCAACCUGGUGCGAUUGGUUCCGUCGUGUUCUGUGUAGCCUAAAGCCACUAUGUAGAAAAGAGGAAAAAACCAACUGCAUUUGGGUAAAAAUAACUGUUCAGUGUACUUGUUCAAUGUUCUGUGUUCUGCAUGUUUUAUUACGGAAUGAAACAUCCCAAACGUGGAGCAGAUGAACUCCAAACACGGCAUCCCGCUCUGUCACUGUGAGGUGAAGCACACUGAGGAAACCCAGCCUGUUAGAGGAGGAGGAGGAGGUGAAAGCAAAGACCUCCUCCUUCUGUUUCCAUCAUUUCAUUCAUCCAGACUUCCCCCUCAUACUUCUGGGAUCUACAGACUGUCCCUGAACUCAUCAGUCUCUUGUGUGUGAAGUGGGAGGAGUCUGGCAGACCACCCCCCAUUUUCAAAACUGUAACUUGGUUUAUAAAUACCUGAAAGGAUCCUCUGUCUAAAAACCUCUGAAUCUGAGCUGUAAACACUCAAACAGGAAGUUUGACUCAGUUCCUUUUUGUCUUGUAAAUGUUCCUAAAUAAAUGGAAAGAAUCUUGAGCUUUAAUAAUCUGAUCAUCUGAGCAGCGUCUGAAAAAAACAGGUCCGAAUAACUUCAAUUAGGAUCCAACAUGGAGAAACAGCACAGGCGAGCAGAUCUUUGACCUUUGAACUGGAAAGUUUCAAACCACUGAACCCCAGAACCUCCUCUUCACCAGAGCAGAACCUCAGACACUGGAACCAGUGCAAACGUCCUUUCAGAGUAAAAGUUCAGAAACCUGCACUGUUCAGUGGAAAAAGUCCUUUCAGAGUAAAAGUUCAGAAACUGCACUGUUCAGUGGAAAAGGUCCUUUCAGAGUAAAAGUUCAGAAACAUACACUGUUCAGUGGAAAAAGUCCUUUCAGAGUAAAAGUUCAGAAACCUGCACUGUUCAGUGGAAAAAGUCCUUUCAGAGUAAAAGUUCAGAAACUGCACUGUUCAGUGGAAAAGGUCCUUUCAGAGUAAAAGUCUUCUUUCACUCCGCUCUUCUAUAUUCUUUUGGGCUUUGGAUCUGGGUUUGAGUUUGAGGUGGUUCUAAAGCGGAGAAAUGUCCCGCCCCGUCUCUCUGUGGCAGCACAAUCAGGCCAGAACUGAGCGAAAUGAAGGCGUCUGCCGCUCCCUGAGCUUUACCUGUCUGUGUGUGUGUGUGUGUGUUUCCUCAGUGUGUGCGCCACCUUCUCCUCAGUCAGUCUCCUCCCAUUGUUCUCUUUUUGCUUCAAUCUAUGCAAUAGAAGCCUUCUGUUCCGUAAAACCUUCAUCUGGCUCUCUUCCUCUCCCUCACACUCGUCUGCUCGUCUUUUUGUGGGUUUCAGACCCUCUGUACAGACAGAACCACCACACCUGUACGCUGAUGUGUGUGUGUGUGUGUGUGAGAUCGGCACACACACACACACACACACUCAGUGUUUUCUUUACUCUUUUGUAAGAUAUGAUGUGUGGAAUGCCCUGGUCUUAGUGUCAUGUUGUUUGAACUUAAGCUGAACAAAAGAUGAUAAUCAAGCAACCGAGUAAAAGUUGUUUCAUAAGUAUAUAUAAAUAUAUAUUAUAUAUAAAUAUAUACAAAUCUAUAUACAUACAAUAAAGCCAUUUGAAUUUGAA